CACGUUUCCGCUCCUUCUUCUUCUUCGUUGGUUGGUAUAUUUCUCUGCAAAGAGAAGUGUCCUCCAUGGUGUCAUUGUAGGUCUCUUGAGGUUGAAUAUCCAGAAACAAGCAAUGUCUGGGUACACGCCAGACGAGAAGCUCCGUGUCGAGCAGAUAACAAAGCUCCGGAGGCAGUGGCUGAAGGACCAGGAGCUCAGCCCGAGGGAGCCCGUGAUACAAGCUAAAUCUCCCGGCGCUGUCGCUAAGUUCUGGGCUGGCUUUCUGGAGCCCAAGAGCCUGUGGAGGCUUUACACCUACAAAGCAUACACAGGUGGAGUUUUUACAUUAACACGGCUGUUGAUACCUGCUUGGAUUGUUCACUACUGUGUGAAAUACCAUGUUGCUCAAAGGCCAUAUGGCAUUGUGGAUUUGAAACCCAAGCUGUUCCCUGGUGACACCAUUCUGGAGACGGGUGAAGUUGUUCCAGAUCUUCCCGACACCCAUGGUCAUCACUGAAGUUUCAAUCAUUUUCUGUUGUAAAAACUGUGUAUAUGCCAAUAAAAUAUUACAAAGUUA